AUGGCGCACUUGUACGUCAUGAAACCACUGUAUGGCCCGGAUUCGCCUACGCUCGCGGUAAACCCUGAAGCUCCUGUGUCCGAGGAAGGUGAGAUACGAGAGCAGAGUGAGACCGCAUCCUCCGAAAAUUACAUACACGAUACGCGCCGGCAGCUGAUACAGUCUUACCAAGAACCCAAUGAAGUCGAUCAUCAAGUCGACCAGUGUCGAGAACCGACUGGCGCCAACAAGCAGCCGAUAGGCAUCAAGAGCGAACCACCAGCUACUCAAUGUGAUCUGCCUGUAGGCGAAUUCUCGUCCCUCCUACGUAUCGAGACUCCUGCGCCUCUUCCGCCGCUGGUGGGAAACAAUGCACAUGAGUUGAGGUAUCCGGUCGAGCGAACACGCGGCCCCAACGGUAUCAUAAUCGCAAAGCCAGAUCAUCCAGUUGUGAAAGCCUUCUAUGACGGCCGACCCAACCCACAGGCGAUGACAGCCAGGAUCAUGGAUACGGAGCGAAGACCCCGCUCAGUAUUCAUUACCACUGCCGAAGGAUCCUUGUUCGUCCCAAAUGUCCAAUCUCAACAGCCGCUCCCACUGCCAAAGCGCCCAUUCAGCCUACCAACGACGACCGUCAACAACAGUCUUGAUCCUCGGCUCCAAGAUCCUUAUACUGUCACGUUUCCAGCUCAACACGAGAGUAUUAAACAGGAGAUCGUGAUGGACCACAACGAUGUAACCACAACCAGCCUACCAGAUACUGAAGACAAGCUUGAAGAGCAGGGGAUAGAGAUUCUGAAGUUGAAAAUGGAGGCUGCUAUUAAAGAUCGUGAGGUUCGGAAGCUCAAGGCGGAGAAUGAUGCGCUCAAGACGGAGAUCGAGAAGCUACGCAUCUAUCCCAUCAGCACCGGGGCACCUUCGAGACUGGGAGCAAGCGGCCGCGCUCCUACCUUUAGUAACAACGCGUUAAGCGGCAGCGGACAGACUUUGUCGAGUGAGUGUACGAGUUUAAAUAGAUGUAUUCACACACUAUGUGACGAUCUCCAAUGA